ACUAUCAAUGUACAACAUUUUGAAAAUAGGGGAUGAGUAAAUAACAAAAAGGUUGACUGUAAAUCCCUCCAUGUCUGGUGUAUUUCCCUCCUUUUCUCUCUCCAAAAAUUCCACACAAUCAUUCAACAAAAUAUCCCUAGUACAUGCCAUGGCAUUGGCCACCAUGAGCCAACCCAUCUUAACAUUUCCUUCCCACCCAAGCUCCACCACCCUCCACCACCCCCACCACCACCACCUCCACACAUCUCUCACAGCAGCCACCUCCCUCACCCACAUCAAACAAAUCCACGCCCAAAUCCUCCGGUCCGGUCUCGACCGCUCUAACUCCCUCCUCCUCAAACUCAUCGUCUCUUCUUGCGCUCUCUCUUCCGGCCUCGACUAUGCUCUCUCCGUUUUCAACCAAAUGUCCAGCCCCGAAACCCAUAUCUGUAAUCGUCUAUUGCGCGAACUGUCGCGCAGUGUCCAACCAGAGAAGACCCUUUUGCUGUAUGGGAAAUUGAGGGGAGAUGGGUUGGGUAUUGACACGUUUAGCUUCCCUCCGCUAUUGAAGGCGGCGUCUAAAUUUUCGGCGUACAUUGAAGGGAUGGAGAUUCAUGGGUUGGCUUCCAAGUUGGGUUUUGACACGGACCCAUUUGUUCAGACGGCUUUGGUUGGAAUGUACGCUGCGUGUGGUCAAAUUUUGGAUGCACGGUUGGUGUUCGAUAAAAUGUCUCAUCGAGAUGCCAUAACAUGGAACAUUAUGAUUGAUGGUUACUGUCGGAAUGGGCUCUUUGACGAUGUCUUGACACUAUUUGAAGAGAUGAAGAUCUCCAAUGUGGAACCAGAUGGGAUAAUUCUUUCAACUGUUCUUUCUGCAUGUGGCCGUGCUAGAAAUUUAAUUUAUGGGAAAGCAAUCCAUCAAUUCAUUACUGAGAAGAAUAUUGUGGUCGACUCUUACUUGCAGAGUGCUCUUGUCAACAUGUAUGCAAAUUGUGGCUGCAUGGAUUUGGCUCGGGAUUUGUUUGAUAAGUCACCGAAAAACAUUGUUGUCUCCACUGCCAUGGUUUCUGGGUAUUGCAAAGUGGGACAGGUUGAUGCUGCUCGAGUGAUUUUCAAUAAAAUAGUUGAGAAGGAUUUGGUCUGUUGGAGUGCAAUGAUCGCUGGUUAUGCAGAGAGUGAUUGGCCUGAACAAGCUCUAAAAUUGUUCAAUGACAUGGAAAUUUUGAGAAUAAAACCUGACCAAGUCACCAUGUUGAGUGUUAUCUCAGCUUGUGCUCAUCUUGGCGCGUUGAAUAAAGCCAAUUGGAUCCAUAUGUAUGUUAAUAAAAAUGGGUUUGGAGAAGCUUUGCUUGUUAAUAAUGCUCUUAUUGAUAUGUAUGCUAAAUGUGGGAGUUUGGAAAGAGCAAGAGGAAUCUUCAAUAGAAUGCGUAGAAAGAAUGUGAUAUCUUGGACCAGUAUAAUCAAUGCAUUUGCCGUGCAUGGGGAUGCAACUACUGCCUUGAAGCUUUUCUAUCAAAUGAAAAAUGAAAAUAUAGAGCCCAAUUGGGUAACUUUUGUGGGGGUGCUUUAUGCUUGUAGCCAUGCAGGAUUGGUUGAGGAGGGCCGGAAAAUUUUUGCUUCAAUGGUGAAUGAAUACAACAUCAAACCCAAACAUGAGCACUAUGGAUGCAUGGUAGACCUCUUUGGCCGUGCUAGUCUACUUAGAGAAGCUCUUGAGGUUGUAGAGACAAUGCCUUUGGCACCUAAUGUUGUGAUAUGGGGAUCUCUAAUGUCUGCUUGCCAGGUUCAUGGUGAAUUAGAAUUAGGUGAAUACGCUGCAAAACGGCUUCUUGAGUUGGAUCCGGAUCAUGAUGGGGCCCAUAUAAUCUUAUCGAACAUAUAUGCUAAAGAAAGGAGAUGGGAAGAUGUUGGAGAGGUGAGAAAAUUGAUGAAACAUCGAGGCAUAUCCAAGGAGCGGGGAUGUAGCAGGAUUGAAUUGAACAAUGAGUUACAUGAGUUUUUUAUGGCAGAUAGAAAUCAUAAACAAACAGAUGAGAUCUAUGCCAAGUUAGAAGAGGUAGUUAGUGAGUUGAAGCUGGCUGGUUAUGCUCCAAAUACCUGUAGUGUUUUGGUUGAUUUGGAGGAAGAUGAAAAGAAGGAAGUUGUUUUAUGGCACAGUGAGAAGUUAGCACUUUGUUAUGGGCUGAUGAGAGGAGAGAAAGGGUCUCCCAUUCGUAUUGUUAAGAAUCUUAGGAUUUGUGAAGACUGUCAUACAUUUAUGAAGUUGGUAUCUAAGGUAUAUGAGAGACAAAUUGUUGUGAGAGAUAGGACUAGGUUUCACCAUUAUAAAGAUGGUGUCUGUUCUUGUAAAGAUUACUGGUGACACUUUCAUUUAUGUAAUUACAUUUUAUUCCCAGUUAAAAAAAAAAAAACUUUCAUUUAAAUGAUAAAAUAACUAAUAGUUGUGUAUGCUUAAGUUGCUAAUAUUUCUCCAUGUGAUUGUGCAGUUGCAUUUAGGAAAAAACAACCAGCAAGAACACACAAACAAAC